AUGUUUAAAUUGCUGAUAAUUUGUAUUGUUGUGACAAUUGCAUACGCUAAACCAGGUGGUUUGGGUUACGGAGGAUAUGGUGGGUAUGGUGGGUAUGGCGGAUACGGAGGAUAUGGAGGAUAUGGAGGAUACGGCCAAUAUGGAUUAGCUCCAGCAACUAGUUAUAGCUCCCGUGUCGACUACCAUUCACCUGCCAUCAAAACCUACGUAGCACCUGCAGUGAGCUACCACGGUGCUCCCCUAUUACCUUCUUACGAACUUAGUCACGGAUAUGGUGCAGGUCUGGGGUACGGUUAUGGCUUAGGACACGGUCACGGUCUAGGACAAGGUUACGGAGGCUACGGCAAUGGAUAUUCUUUGGGAGGCUACGGUCAUGGCUGGUAG